UGGUGCGUGUGAGUUCGAAGUGAGGAGAACUUGUGGAUCGUGGAUAGUGGAUCGUAUUUGUGUGGAGUGCAUGAUGAGCACACGUGAUAGACAAUUCUGGACAGAGUUCUUGCUGCUCUAUCGAUCGCUGCCUGCAGUGUGGAAGGUCAAGAGUCCAGAGUACAGUAGCCGCGCCUUGAAGUCCGCCGGAUACGAGCAGCUGGUGAUAAAGUUGCGCGAAGUUGAACCACAUGCGGAUCGCGCUUUGGUGGUUAAGAAAAUCAACUCUUUCCGUACGAAUUUUCGACGUGAUUUACGCAAACGUACAGAGGGGGAGGCGUUGGGAGAGGAGCCAUUUGAGUCGACGCUUUGGUAUUUCGAGCUCUUGGGAUUUCUCGAGGGCCAGGAAUCUUCCGGUUCAGUUCAGGCCUUCCACAAGGCCAGCAGUCCCGAUCAGGAAGCGCACAGUAAAGCUUUCCAUGCAAAGAAACGUCGCACUACGAUCAAAGAUGAAUUGUCCGCAUCUCCGGCUGCUGCACCACCUGCUACCGUGCUCUCCUCCUCCCCUCGCCAUCGCCAGCACACGAUCUCCGAAUCAGAAGCUUUGGCUCACACUUGGCGCAGUCAAUUCGACGAGCUUGCGCCGCGUCAAAAGCUUCUGGCACGAAAGCUCAUCUCCGAUGUGCUUUACUACGGUUGCAUGGGUCAACUGCAGCCCCGUCAUGUUUCCCAGCUGCAACAAUUGAUGCCGCAACUCUGUCGCAGUUCCUCGCCACAAAUUGAAGAUGUUUCGUCCUCGCCGCCUGUCGAAAAGUUGCACGUUCUCGACAAUUUCGAUGAUGAGAGCGAUACUCUGGAUGAGAAUGGAUAAAGAUUCGAAUAUUAAACUAUUAUUUAAGAAGAAAAGCAUUUGAUGUUAGCACCAAAAUAUUAAGUAGAAUAAUAAUAAAUAAGUGUGUUUUAUAUAUUUGUAAAGUGAAUUCAAAUAUACUCAGUUCAGUUGUUUGGCAGGAAAUGAAAACAAAUUAACAACAUUUAUGUGCAACAUUAAAACUUGGUCAAUUCGUGUGGAAUUCGUUAGUGGGGAAUUGAAAAACUUGUGCAAAUAAGAGAGAAGGAGGAGGAGAGAGUAAUGGGAAAGCCAGAGAAGCAAAUCGAAGACACGAGUUACCCAAAACAAAUGAGAUUUUUAGUCGCAACGCUGGUUCGAAAAAUGCAAAUUUAUUGGCAUUUAAUUUCAAA